CAUGACGCCGGUAAUCAGUUGGUCUCUUCAGGCAGUGUGAUCAGUAGUCUGCCCUCCUUUUCCAAGAUGUCGGUGUUCGGGCCAGUUGUGAAAAUUCAUCCCGUCGUUCUCGCUUCUAUCUGCGACUCUUACGAGCGAAGAAAUGAGGGAGCGAGUCGUGUGAUUGGAACCCUUUUGGGUACUAUUGACAAGCACUCUAUCGAGGUGACCAACUGCUUCUCUGUCCCUCACAAUGAAUCUGAAGAUGAGGUUGCUGUGGACAUGGAGUUUGCCAAGAACAUGUAUGAGCUUCACAAGAGGGUUUCACCUACAGAGGUCAUCAUCGGAUGGUAUGCCACAGGCUUUGAUAUCACAGAACAUUCAGUGCUCAUCCACGAGUACUACAGCCGUGAGGCCUCUAAUCCCAUUCACCUGACCGUGGACACGGCACUGCAGAGUGGCAAAAUGAACAUCCGCGCCUACGUCAGUGCGCAGAUGGGUGUGCCAGGAAAGACAGUUGGUGUGAUGUUCACCCCACUGUCUGUCAAGUAUGUGUACUAUGACACUGAGAGGAUAGGCGUGGACCUGCUACAGCGAACACGUGUGACCCCCAGUCGUACCAAGGGGCUGACCUCUGACCUGUCUCAGGUUGGUGGUGCUGCAGCCAGGGUACAGGACAUGUUGACCACAGUGCUGGCAUACAUUGAGGAUGUGCUGUCUGGCAAGGUGACAGCAGACAACAGCGUGGGCCGUUUCCUGAUGGAUCUGGUAAACAAAGUGCCCACUAUCUCACCUGAGGACUUUGAGAACAUGCUCAAUUCCAACAUCAAUGACCUGUUGAUGGUGACCUACCUGUCCAACCUCACCCAAGCACAGAUUGCUCUCAAUGAGAAGCUGGUGCUGCUCUGAGAGGGUUUCUUUGAAGUCAUUCAUAUUUAAUUUUUGUACCUUUUUUUUUUUUUUUUUUUGGCUGAUAUGAAAAUAAAGAUGUUAAACAGUCACAAAGUGUUCAUUCCCUGUGGUAAGAUGGUAAUUAAAUUUAAGGCUGCUUGGUUUGUCACAAGUAGCUAAUGAACAUUAAAGGAAGGAUCAUACUGCUAA